AACAAUAGAAUAACAACAAGUACCCAAAAAUGAUACUUUCACGUUUAAAACCAGCGGUUGAAUCCCAUAAAUUUAUUGGCGGUGGAAAAAGUUUACCAAAAUUCAACGACUUUCUAGCAAAACGUGAUUACACGGGUGCUUUAACAUUUUUAGAGUUUAAGAAAGCCAAUAAUUCAGAUGUGGAAAUUGAUUUAUGGAUGGGAUAUUGUGCCUUUCAUUUGGGCGAUUAUAAAAAGGCAAUGGAAAUUUAUAAACGGAUUUAUAAUAACGACAAAAAUGCUCCAAAUAUUGCAUAUAAUUUAGCUUGCUGUUAUUUUUAUUUAGGAAUGAAUGAUGAAUCAGAUAAAUUAUUACAAAUAGCUCCACCAUCAUCACAUGUAAUACGUUUAGCUUUACACUUAGCGCAGCGUAAAGGUCAUGCUGGUGCUGGAGGUGAUUCAGACAUUGAAGAAGAAGAAUUAUUACGACAACAUCAACGUUUACACGAUUCGUUACCGGAUCAAUUAAGUCUGGCUGCUGUUCAUUAUAUGCGAGCUCAUUAUCAAGAAGCUAUUGAUAUUUAUAAACGUAUUUUAUUGAAUAACAGAGAAUAUUUGGCAUUAAAUGUUUACGUUGCAUUAUGCUACUAUAAACUUGAUUAUUACGAUGUUUCACAAGAAGUUUUGUCAGUAUAUUUAAAUCAGUAUCCUGAUUCAGCAAUUGCUAAUAAUUUAAAGGCAUGUAAUGCAUUUCGUUUAUUUAAUGGACAAACAGCAAUAUCAGAAAUACAAAAUUUAGCUGAACAAACAUCUGUACAUUCAUUUGGUCAUGAUUUAGUACGUCAUAAUAUUGUUGUAUUUCGUCAAGGUGAAGGUGCCUUACAAGUAUUUCCACCAUUAUUAGAUGUUAUACCAGAAGCACGAUUGAAUUUAGUUAUACAUUAUUUAAAAGAUGAUAAUGCAAAAGAUGCAUUUGAAUUAAUUAAAGAUUUAUCGCCAUCCGUACCACAUGAAUAUAUUUUAAAAGGUACUGUUUAUGCAACACUAGGUCAAGAACAACAUUCUGUUGAAUAUAUUAAAGCAGCUCAACAAUGCUUCCAAUUGGUUGGAAGUUCGACAAGUGAAUGUGAUACAAUACCUGGACGUCAAUGUAUGGCAUCAACCUUUUUCUUAUUUGGGCAAUUUGAAGAAGUUCUUGUCUAUUUAACAACAAUUCGAAGUUUCUAUUUUAAUAAUGAUACAUUUAAUUACAAUUAUGGUCAGGCAAAAGCAGCAACUGGAAAUUAUAAAGAAGCUGAAGAAGCAUUUUUAUUAAUCGAAGAUACAAAAUUAAAAUCUGAUAGCAUAUAUUUAACGAAUUUAGCACGAUGUUUCAUAAUGAAUAAAAAAUCACAGCGUGCAUGGGAUUUAUACAUGAAAAACGAACGUAAAUCAUGCGCAUAUAAAUUAUUACAGAUAAUUGCAAAUGAUUGUUAUAAAAUGGGUGAUUUUUGGUAUUCAGCAAAAGCAUUUGAUAUAUUAGAAAAAAUUGAACCAACACCUGAAUACUGGGAGGGUAAACGUGGUGCGGUUGUUGGAAUAUUUCAAGGUGUUAUCGCUAAUAUUUUACCAAAGGAAAUGAUUUAUGAUGCAAUUGAAUUAAUUGCAAAACAUAAACAAAAUCCACAAGCGGAACAAAUAUUACGUAUUAUUAAAAAAUGGUCGAAAGAAAAUGGUUUAAAUAUUUAG